AUGUUCUUCAAGACCUUUCUCAUCCUCAGUGUCUCCCUGUUGAGCAUUGCUUCGCCAACGAAACGUCAAGCAGGAACGCUGAAGCAAGCUGCCGGGGCUCGUUACUUCGGAGCAGCUCUUGCUACACCUCAUCUACAAAACGCGAGUGACCCGAAGUUUGCGUUGUUCGCUCAAGAGCAAUAUAGUGGUGCGACUCCGGAAAAUGAGAUGAAAUGGGACGCGACUGAGCCGAACCAGGGUAUGUUCACCUUCCAGCAGGGAGAUGUAGUUGCCUCGUUUGCCGUUGCCAACGAUAUGAGACUGCGUGGACACACGCUUGUUUGGCAUAAGUACCUACCGGCAUGGGUAUCAACGCUUACCGGGAACGACCUUCUCAACGCGAUGAACAACCACAUCACUACUGUGAUGCAGCAUUUCCAAGGACAGACUUUCGCAUGGGACGUGGUCAAUGAGGCGUUCAAUGACGAUGGGACUCUUGGUGCAAGCCCAUUCCUCACGCAGCUCGGAAGCAGUUAUAUCGAAACUGCUUUUACCACGGCUCGUGCAGCUGACCCAACGGCUAAACUAUACAUUAAUGACUUUAACACCGAAGGCGAGAACGCAAAGUCAGAUGCCUUAUUAUCCCUCGUCCAAUCUCUAAAAGCGUCCAAUCUUAUCGAUGGUGUUGGGUUCCAGAGUCAUUUCAUCGUGGGAGAGGUGCCGCAGGACCUUCAGGCGAAUUUGCAGCGCUUUGCGGAUGCCGGUGUGGAUGUUGCGAUUACGGAGUUGGAUGUUCGGAUGACUGUCCCUGCUAGUCAAGCGAACCUCCAACAACAAGCAACGGACUACGCGUUCGUCGUGAACGCCUGUCUAGCCGUAUCGCGCUGCGUCGGAAUCACGACGUGGGGUAUCCCUGAUGUUUAUUCCUGGGUCCCGGGAACGUUCCCAGGUAUGGGUGCGGCAUUGCUUUUCGACGAUAAUUACAACGAAAAGCCAUCCUUCACGUCGACCUUGAACGCUCUUUCGUCCUGA